GCAUGCGCUCCUGAAACAUUUAUUAGAAUCCGAUAACACUUUACAGCGAUGCUGUGCACACGCCCGCAAAGGCUUUUAAGUUAUUUCAAAAAUUUUAAAAUAUUCCUUUUUUAGCUAGGGUUCUAUCUUCAUUUCAACCUACAUGAGCUAUAAAAAUAUAAUUUCAAACAGAGCUAAUGCAUGGCUGGAUAGAUUUUUAAUCAAAUACAAAUAGUGACAUAACAUUUUGUGUGUGACAUAAUAAGUAGAUUUCUGAAGUAAUUCAACAAUUCUACAAUAUUCCGUUUGUGGCCGGGGGCCUUAAGUUUUUUUUCUAGCCAUAUAUUAUCUAUAUAAUUAUUUUAUGUAUUCCUAUACCAUUCAACCGAUUGUGAUCAAACGUUGGUGCUUUUAUAUGCGAAUUCAAAAAAAAUAUUUCUAAAUUAGAACAACACUUUACAAUAUUCCGUUUGGGCCAGUGGCCCUAAUUUCGUUUUUUCAUAUAAGAGUUUCAUAAGUAUAAUUUCCAACAGAGCUAUUGCAUAGCAGGAUUUAAUUUAAUCAAAUACAGAGAGCGACAUAUCAGUUUGUAAGUUACAUAGUAAGUAGGUUCUGAAUUAGUACAACCAUUUUUCCAUAUCCAUUUUUGGGUUUGAGGCCCUAAAUUCUAGAUUAUUUACAAUAUUAGUGCUAUGAAAAUAUAAUUUACGCGUGCGUCCAUUUACCAUUGAUCCGAUUACGAUAAAAAUUGACGAGUUGUUGUGCGCAUGCCCGCACAGGUUUCUAAUUUUACGCUGGAAUAUUUUAUUUAUAAAAUAAUGUAAUUUCUGUACACCUGGUAAUCUAUUGCCAACAAUAAACGUACCUUUUUUGGAAAAUUUCACGUGUAAAGAUGGGAUAUCCUAACAUGUGAAAAUUAUUAACGUUGGGAAUAUCGUAAAUUAAUUGAAUCAAAUAAAAACAGCAAUAUUUCAUUUUGUGUAUAAAGUAAAAAGUGGUGUUAAUUGUGAAAUUAAAAUUGCCGCCAUUUAACUUCUAAUAACAGAUAUGAUAUGGAUUUGUAAUGUUUGUAACAAAGCAAUACUUGCGCUGUCAAAUCAAUCAAUGGUGCUACCCAAACGAAGAGCGUUUGGUUUUUCUACACGUCAGGCACGAAAUAAAAGUCAUCACGUGCUUCUUAAAAAAAGUCGAGCAACGAGAAUCAAGGCUGAAAACCACUCGAGUACGCAAUGCUAAUAUCUGUUCUUUUAAAAAAUUCGAGCAAAUGGAAGCAAGACUAGAAACAGAUAGAAAUCACACUGCUCGAUCCAGACGAACAGUCCACGCUGAAUUAAAUCUUAGUGCAUUCCAUUACGAUGCUAAUUAUGAUUACAGUCUUCAUACAAGUGUGGCUAUUUGAAAAUGUAUUAAUUAUCCAUGCAUCGCAAUGCUCUCAAAUUUAAGAUUGAACCAGCGGGAUUGAGCUGCGCCGGUAUAAAAUUGAAAUUGUUAGAAUUACAUUCCCCACACGAACCAUUAUCAACCUUGGUAUAAUGUGACACAAGCCAAACGAAACAUUUCUUGGCAAACAUAUGUGUAACAUGUACGUUACGUCCGAGCUCUCACUUGCAGGCGUUAAUUUACAACUAUCUCUUCCACACAUUCGUAACAUGGAAGUCCUUGGUAAACACAAAUGAUUUUAAUACAGCAGCUGAACAUAUGUACACUUUUUACAUAAGAAACAUGUCAAUGAAAAUACACUCCAGCCAUCUUUCCUUGCUCGUACCUACACACCCUCUUGUUCUCUAUCACGUGAUCUCUUUUUUUUUAAACGAAUCAUUCUUCUCACGUGACAUUCACCCCCCUUCUUCAAAAAAAAAUGUUUUAUUCUUAAAACAUUUUAGGUUAUAAUACAAAAAAAUUAAACUUAAUUAAGAUAUUUAUUGCAAUUUAACAAUUCUUGUUUUGCAAAAAUGAAAUGCUUAAAAUAUUUAGAUAUAGAAAUUCAGAAAGAAAAAUCUGCAGAACUUCAACAGUCUGUACUGAAAAUGAAACAAACUGACAUUUUACCGCAUCUGUAAUGUUGUGUAAUUCAAAUAACUUGUGUCAAGGUCAUGAAAUCAUGAGGUAGUGUGUGUGUGUUGAUUUGAGGACGAAUGCGGAUUGUGAACUAAUUUCAUGUCACGGGCGAAUGACUGUGGAGUGAACGAGGCAUGAUAUUUGGGGUAUAAAGGGUUCACAGACGUGAGAGUGAGGGGAGAAUAAUUAUUAUGUCACGGGGGAUUACGUUCACAGAGGUUAGACGAGAGAUAGGACUCGCUACAGCGAGACGUCUUUCUUUUGGGAGAUAGUGGAUUUUGUCAUGAUAUGUUUUGCUGAUUGGAAUAUUGCCAUAUCCGUUGGAUUCAUGUUCACUAAACUAUGAGACGCAUUAAUCUAGUAAUGCGAUCAGCAAAUAAAUGUCUUAUGUACCUUGAAGCGUAUUGUUUUGAUGAACCAAACUAGUCUGUUGUGUGACAAGAUUUACAAGACAUGUAAACAAAAGCGAGAAUCAUAAACCUAACAACGAGCCAAAUAUUCAACAACUGGAAUAUUUGACAUGAGGGCAUAACACAUCAAAUUAAAUAUGGCAUAUGAUAGAUCUAAAGAAAUGUUGUUGCCUAUCAUUUCUUUUGUAAAUAUGAAUACUAAGACAGUUCGUUUUUCUUUUUUCUUUUACAGAAUGUCUGUAUUUGGUGUCAUUCUGCUUAGAAUGUCUGCAAGAACAUUGUCUUUUCCUUUAACAGAUUUUAUGUUAAAUUUGUAAUCUGCUAAUAGCAUUGCCCAACGGUUGACUUUUUCGUUGCUUUCCUUCUUCUUGUUAAAUGCUACUAAUGGUUUGUGGUCUGUGAGUAGAGUGAAUGCUUUACCUAGCAGGUAUUUUUGCAGUUUCUGUAGAGCCCAUACUAUGGCAAGACAUUCUCUCUCUAUCGUGCUAUAGUUCUGUUCAGUUUUUGUCAAAUUCCUGCUCAGAUAUUGUACUGGAUGAAGAACACCAUCAUGCUCUUGCAUAAGGCAGGCUCCUAAUGCAAUACAUGAUGCAUCAGUUGAAUCAAUGAAAGGUUUGUCACAUUGGGGUGUGACUAAGAUGGGUUUCUUUCUAAAUGCUUGUUUAAUUUUUUCUAAUGCCUUGAAGCAAUCUUCCGAAAAUUGAAAUCUUCUAACAUCUGUGUGUUUUGUGAUUUCUGUCAGUGGGUGAACAAUCUCAGCAUAGUUUUCAAUAAAUGGUCUGUAGAAAUUGCAUAAUCCCAGCAGGGCUUGAACUUGCUUUUUUGAUUUUGGGAUUGACAAAUUGAAUAUCUUAUUUUCAUUCUCUGUAGUGGGAGUGACUUUACCUCCUCCUAUUCUGUAUCCCAGAAAAUCAAUGGAUUUCUUUCCAAUGUUUAUUUUCUCAGGUGAGAUUGUAACAUUAUGUUCCUUGAGUCUAUUUAGUACAGCUUCAAGUGUAUGUAUGUGCGUUUCCCAAUCUUUAGUAUGGAUGCAUAUGUCGUCGACAUAAUGUACAACAUUUGGGAUUCCUUGUAACAUCACUUUCAUAAAUCUACUAAAAGUAGCUGUACUGUUGACUAAUCCGAAUGGCAUCACUAACCAUUCAUACACUUCAUCCAUGGCUAUAAAUGCAGUGUAUUUGACAGAGGUAGGAUCCAUGUUUAUUUGCCAAAAACCUCUGUUUAAAUCAAAUGUAGUGAAUAUUUUGGAAUUACCAAUUCUUUCUACAAUAUCUCUUGGAUCUCCUAUGGGUUCGUGGUCUAAUUUUGUGAUAUUGUUAAGUUGUCUGUAAUCACAGCAUAGACGAAUUUUUUCAUUCUUCUUCUUGACUAUCACAGUUGGUGAGGUAUAGUUAGCUUCAACUGCUUUUCUGAUUUUGUUGUCUUUGAGAAGAUAGUCAAUUUCUUUUUUUACAGUGUCUCUAUAAGCCAUUGGAAUAGGGUAUACCUUAGUUUUGAAUGGCUCAUGAUCUAGCAGUUGUAUUUUAGGCGUGGGUUCAGAUCCCACUUCUGACACCAAAAUGUAACAUGUACGUUACGUCCGAGCUCUCACUUGCAGGCGUUAAUUUACAACUAUCUCUUCCACACAUUCAUAACAUGGAAGUCCUUGGUAAACACAAAUGAUUUUAAUACAGCAGCUGAACAUAUGUACACUUUUUACAUAAGAAACAUGUCAAUGAAAAUACACUCCAGCCAUCUUUGCUUGCUUGUACCUACACACCCUCUUGUUCUCUAUCACGUGAUCUCUUUUUUUAAACGAAUCAUUCUUCUCACGUGACAAUAUGCAAGUGCAAAAAUGUAAAAAAAAACAUUUUUUAAGAGUGCUAUAAAGAUUAAAUUUCCUGAAAUCUGCUAUCAUUACUGAAGGAGAAUUAUUUUCAUUAAUAAUUAAUAUUCAGUAAGAAUGAAAAAUUUGUUAAUGUGUAAAUCAAAAUAAAUUUUAAAAGUCAAUGCUUAAUCUUAUUCUUAGGAGGCAAAAUGUAUUGAAAAGAAAGAACCAUCUCUUUGUUCUCCAAAUCUAUAUAUAUAAAAAUGAAUGUUUGUAUGUCUGUCUGUAUGUCUCGUAUGCGCUCCUACACCAUUUAUGCGAUUGCGACAAAACUUUAAACAAUUGUUUUCCACAUAACCGGCCAUUUAACUAAGACAUUAAAAAUCUUAUCAAGUGUUCCCUUCCUAGCCGUUGGCCCUUAAUUCGUUUUUUUCUAAUAUGAGCUUUGUAAAAAAUAUUUUCCACAUGCGCUCCUACGCCAUUUAUCCGAUUCAUAUAAAACUUUGGUAAAAUGUUGCGAGCAUGUUCAUAAACAUUUCUAAAAUAUUACAAUUGUUUUAAAAUAUUCAGUUUUGAGCCAGGGGCUUCAUAUUCGCUUUUCCUUAUAUGAGCUAUAUAAAUAUAUUUUCAAACCGUAUGCGCUCCUACACCAAUCAUGCGAUUGCUACAAAACAUAAUGAGUUGUUGUCCAUGCGCAAAUGCAUUUUACUGUAUUAUUUAAACACUUUAAAAAAUAUUCCAUUUUCGGCCGUUGGCCCUUAAUUCGUAUUUUAUCUGAUAUGAGUUCUGUAAAAAAAAUUUCCAUAUGCGCUCCUACGCCAUUUUUUCGAUUGCAAUAAAACUUAAAACUGUGGUGAGAUGUUGCAAGUAUUUCCAUAAAGGUUUCUAAAUUAUUACAACCGUUUUAAAGUAUUAAGUUUUGAGCCAGGGGCCUCAUAUUCGUUUUUCCUAAUAUGAGCUAUAUAAAUAUAUUUUCAAACCGUAUGCGCUCCUACACCAAUCAUGCGAUUGCUACAAAACUAUGACGGGUUUUUAUCUAUAAACAUAACCAUUCAUUGACCCAAAUUCUUAUUUUUUCUUAUAUGCGCUUUGUAAAAAAUAAUUUUCUAUGCGCUCCUAUACCAUUUUUUUGAAUGCGAUAAAAAUUUAGUGAGAUGUUGUUCUAUCGCCCACAAAAAUUCUUAAAUUACUACAACCGUUUUGAAAUAUUCAGUGUUGAGCCAGGUGCCCUAUGUUUGUUUCUUACAAGAUGAGCUAUAUAAAUAUAAUUUCAAACCGCAUGCGCUCCUACAUCAUUCAAGCACUUGCGAUAAAACUGAGGUGAAUUGUUGUCCAAGAGCCAGAGCAUUUUUCUAAGCCAUUAUAACUCUACUAAAAUAUUCCGUUUUUUUUGGCAAUCGACCAAAAUUCGUGUUUUUUUCCUUACAUUAGGAGCUUUAUAAAAAAUAAUUUCCGUAUGCGCUCCUCUACAUUAUUACAAUGCGAUAAAAUUUUAGAGAGAUGUUGUGCGCGCGCCCGCCCGCAAAGGUUUCUUAAAUGAUUACAACCAUUUUAAAAUACUCCGUUUUUAGCCAGGGGUCCUAUGUUCGUUUUUUCUAUAUAAGCUAUACAAAUAUAAUUUUAAGCUAUACAACUAUAAUUUCAAACAGAGCUAAAGCAUGAAUGGAUAGCUUUUUAAUCAAAUACAAAUAGUGAUAUUUAAUUGAGUGUGUGACAUAUUAAGUAGGUUUCUGAAGUAAUACAACAAUUCUAAAAUAUUCCAUUUGUUGAGGGGGGUCCUAAAUUCGUUUUCCAUACUUCUAUUAUCUAUAUAAUUAUAGUAUACAUUUCUAUACCAUUCAUUCGAUUGUGAUCAAACUGGGUCAAGUGAAAUGCGCACUACCGAAAAUGUUUCUAAAUUAGAAAAAAACAUUUUACAAUAUUCCGUUUGGAUCAGUGACCCUAAUUUGAUAUUUUCUUCUAAGAGCUUUGUAACUAUAAUUUCAACUAGAGCUAUUGCAUGUGUGGAAGUAGCUGAAUCCGCCGGCAAAUUUUUCAAAUUUAGUACAUCCAUUGUACAAUAUUCCAAUUAGGGCUGGGGACCCUAAGUUCAAUUUAUUUUCUUAAAUGAGCUUCAUCAAUUAAAUUUAUAACGGAGAUAUCAACACUACCACCCUUGAACAAAUGACACAUUCGUAGUAAAGCAGAGAAAACACGUUUUUACAUUUUUAGUGUAGAGAGUAUUUUUGUUAUGUGUAUAAAUAAGCUUGAAUUUUUUGACGCAUUUUAGAAUAGGAAAUGACAUCGAAAUCACGUUUUUUUUUCCAACUAUUUCUUGAAUAGAGUCUUAUAAUUUCGGAGUUGUUUUGUGUUAUGUAAAUACAUUUUACACCAAUCGAUGGUUUCUCAAGUAAUUAAAUAACACUUUUGACAGCGUAGAUAUUGAACUAUGGUCAUUUUUUACCGCUGGAAUUUACGAUUUAUAAAUUAAUGAGAAGCUAUACAACUGGAAAUCUCCUGCCAACAAUGAACGUACCUAUUGUGAGAGGUUUUCAUGUAAAAAAAUGGGAGAUCCUAACGUGUAAGAAUUACAUUCACCAUCAAAACCAUUAUCAUUGUUGUUAUCAGGUGACAAUAGCCAAUCGAAACAUUUCUUGGAAAACAUACGCAAAUGCAAUUCAUGUUUCCAAAUGACAUCGUUCGGUGCAACAAAUAUCGUGCGCGAGAAUUACAUGCCAACAUUUAAAGUAAAGUGAAAGGCCAAAUUUACCAUCGUGUAGGAUCUCUGAUGCCAAUGCCAAACACAGAUCACAAAUGUCUUCAAAUGAUUUCAUGGGAAAUACUGAUGAGCAAAUCGAUCAACGUUGUCAUAUCAAUACGGGCACUAAACGAGAAAUCGUCGCUGCAAUGCAAACGUUUUUUUUUGCAACACAACGAAUUAAUUCAAAUGUAUAGAGUUGCAUUUGAAAAGAUGCCGACUGAUGAAUACAAAUUCAUAGUUAGAGCAGACUAAACACCUGUCGGCCAACAUGAAAGAUAAUACUAUGCACCAACAAUUGAUGAAGUGGAGAUCAUUAUAGUUGACAAAGAAUUUAACUCAAGUGAUAUAAUUUUCAUCACAGAAGUGUUGAUGUUCAGCGAGUCUCAGAAAUUCAUCGCACAUAUGUUUGAUUGCAAUAUCCUAUUUUAUUUUGGCAACGAGAAGAUGGAUAUCAUUUUGACAUCACAUUGAGAAAUUCGAAUAAGAAAGACAGUGCCAUGAAAUACUAUUCACAUCGAUUGAUGAUUCAUGAGUUGGGAAUGACCUCUCAGAAUCGAUCUACAAACAAACUUUUCGCUCUUGAUUUGCAACGAGAAACGCACUUUGAUAUCGAAGCAUUAUGUACGGUACAUUUUUUCAAAUGAAUCUUCCGAAAUUGGUUCCAUUGAAGUUACUAUUUUAAAUGGAAAAUUUAAACUAGGUGAUGUACUUUUGCCAUUCACCCCAAUGAUUCCAACAGAUAUGCAAUUUGAAUUCAAACGCCUACAGUUUCCGAUGCGACACGCGUCUACAAUGACUAUCUUCAAAGCUCAGGGACAAUCGCUACAAGUUUGCGGACUAAAUUUGGAAAACCCAUGCUUCGCCCAUGGACAGAUGUAUAAGGUCUGCUCUCGCGACGGAAAAUCUUCUGAUUUAUUCGUGUAUAUACCAGAUGGAAAAACAAGAAAAACUUUGAGUAUUUAAAAGCUCUUGAAGAAACAUAACAUGCAAACACUUUCUUUCCUUGAGUGGAAUUGUAACGCAUGCCGGGUACUCGCUAGUACUUUAUAAAUGAAAGAGAACGCUAAUCAACUGGUGUUAAGUUACAUUUAAAUCAAUUUAUUAGUAUUAAUAUUGUUGUAUGAAAUGAAAUGUUUAUAAGAAAAGGUAUAUUUUGUUAUUGUUAAAAUAUUUUUUUUUAUAGAGUCUGGAAAAUGUUCGUGCAACGCAUUCUUUUUUUUUUAGUUGGAUUUCAAAGAAAUUACUACUACUUUUCAUUUAGUAGAAAUUCAUAUUUGAAUAAAAUGUAUUUUUAACAUAAUAUUUUUAGCUUUUUUAGCUUUUUUUUUAUUUUUCUAUUGAAUAUUGGACUUUUUAAUCAAUACGUUUAUCUGUAAAAUAAUUUUAUUACUCUAUCUUUUAAAUCUAUAAUUUAUACAACGCAUUGUUAUUAUUUUUAAAAUUCAAUUUCAAUAGUUUUUUAUAUAUUAUUUUUUUAUUGUUUUAAAAUACCAAAAGUAUUUUUAAAAUGUUGCACUAUUUUUUUUUUAAAUGUAUUAAAUCACAUUUAAAAAAGACUAUAUUGGCGUUUAAUUUUUAUUAUAAAAUUCUUUUGCCAAAAAAAGUUAAAGAUUAUUAAAUUUAGAAUAUAUUUUAAUAAGCAUUCUUUUGUUGAUAUGUACGAGACAAUAAAAUGAUAAAUAAAAAUUAGUUUAACACAUUAUAUUCAUAUUGUAUUUAGGAUUAAUAAAAAGCAAAAUGUAAAAAAAAGAAAUUGAUAAUUAUUCUAUUUUAUAUGUUCAAGUUGUUUUAUGAAAUUUGUCGUUCACAGUAAUUUACAAAGAAACACUUUUACAUUAAAGUUAUUUCCACAAACAUAAAAUACAGCAACACAUUUUUAUAGAAAAGGAAACUGUACGUUGGAAUGAUUUUUAACAAAAUGUGUUAAUUAUAAAGAUUUCUUUUUUAAUCUUAGGACACAACAAAUCUACAAGAAACAAUACAAGAGGAUGUGAUAAUAUAUCCUAUGUCAGUAGAAGGCAUUGAACGGCGUAAUUUGGUAGGUUAACUUAUCCAAUCAUUAUCAGAAAAAUGUUUGUGUAUAAAACCUAAUUUGCAAAAAUACCACUAGUCUUUUGUUCAAUAUAAUUUACAAUUUUAAAAUGACAGCACUAUAAAAAAUUGGGUUAAUUUAAAAGAUAAAUAUUUACAUUCAUUUAAAAGUGUUUUUUGUUUUUUUUUGUUUUUAGCUAAAAUCAUUGCUGAUUAAAUUAUAUCAUUAUUUAAAGAGAAUUGUUUCCAAUAAUAAACAUUAUUCAUUUAGAAUUCAAAAUGUGUAAAUUAUAAUAAUUUAUGAACAGUCAAUUUCUUAACUUUUUUUUAGGAAGCACAAGAUAUUGUAAACAAAGAAACAGCUCAGGAGUCUCCAGAUACUUUAUCCAUUGUAAAGAAUGCUAAUAAUUUGGUGGUAAGUUAUCUUUAAAUCAAUUCAUUAACAACAUUUUUGUAUGAAAUGAAAUGCUUAUAGAAAAAUUGUAAUUUGUUAUACAAUACAAAUUGCUAAUACAAUUGAUAAGAACAUCUAAUAUUAAUCAAAUGUCUUUUUGACAUAAUAUUGUUUCCUUGGAAUUUAUUUUUUUUUAAAUCAAAAGAGGCACUUUUUAAUCAAUACUUUUAACUGUAAAAUGAUUUUAUUACUUUUUCUUUUAAAUCCGUAAUAUACAAAUAAUGUUGAAUUUCAAGUAUGUUAGAAGAAAAAAUUUGAUUUUAACAAAAAAAUACAGAAACUAUUUUUAAAAUGUUGAAAUAUUAAAAAAAAAACGUGUAUUAAAUUCAAUAACAAAUAAGAUAUCCGCUUUAAAUUAUGUUAUAAAAUAUUUUGUCAAAGAGUGUUAAAUAGCAUUAAUUAAAAAAUAUUUUAAUAAGCAUACUUUUGUUAUUAUGUAAGAGACGUUAAAAUCUUAAAGAAAAAUUAGCUUAUGACAUUUAUAUUGAUAUCGAUAUUUAGUAUUAAUAAAUUUCAGAAAGUGAAAAAAAAAGAAAUUGAUACUUAUUAUAUAUUAUUUGUUCAAAGUGUCACAUAACAUUUUCCCCCUUUUAGUAAUUUAAAAAGAAAGAACCAUUUUUACAUUAAAGUGAUUUUAGCACACACACAAAAAUAGCAACACAUUUGUUAAGGAAAUGGCACUGUAGAUUGGAAUCCUUUUAAACAAAAUGUGUUAAUGAUAAAAAAUUACUUUGAUCUAAGGACACACAAAAUUUAAAAGAAGAAAUACAUGAGGAUGUGAUAAGAUAUCCUAUGUCAGAAGAAGGCAUUGAACAGCAUAAUUCGGUAGGUAAAUUUUUAAGGUCAAUAUGAAAUGUUUGUGUGUGUUUAAAUUUGAUUCCUAAAUUAACAUUAGUAUUUUGUUUAAUAUAAUAUGCAAUGUUAAUAUGACAGGGCUAUAAUAAAUAUUGGGAUCAUUAAAAAAAAAAUAUAUUGCCUUUAAUUUGUUGUUGUUUUAAUUAAAAUUAUGUCUGAUUAAAUCCAAUCAUUACUGAACAAGAAUUUUUUCCGAUGAUAAAUAUUUUUCAAUGGGAAUUAAAACGAUGUUCAUUUGUAAAUAAAAAUAAAUUGUAAAACGUCAAUGCUUAAACUUAUUCUUAGGAUUCAAAAUGUAUUGAAAAGAAAGAACCAUGUCAGGGAGCGCCAAAUUCUUUAUCCAUGAAAGAGAACGCUAAACAGUUGAUGGUCAGUUUUUUUAAAUCAAUUUAUUAACAAAACAUUGUUGUUUAAAAUGAAAUGUUUAUAGAAAAGGUAUGUUUAAUUAUUGUUAAAAUAAGUAAAAUGUUAUAGACUGUAUAAUUUUAGUGCAACACACAUUUUAGGUGGAUUUCAGACAAAUCGCUGAUACAAAUGAAAAGAAAAUCUAAUCUUAAUAAAAUGUAAUUUUAACAUAAUAUUGUUAGCUUUGAGUUUAUUUUUUCUAUUGAAUAUUGGACUUUUUAUUAAUAAUAAAAAAGGUAACCUACAGCUAUGCUAAAACUAUCGCACAAUUAGUCUAAUAAGCAAUCCAAGCAAGGUCAUGCUGAAGAUCAUAUUGAAUCGACUAAAACCAUAUGCCGACAGAUUCAUCGCUGCAAAACACGCGGGAUUCAGACAAGGACGGGGCACUACUGAGCAGAUUCUAAACCUCCGAAUACUAUUGGAGAAAUAUGUUCAACACCAACAAAAUCUAUACCACGUCUUUGUUGACUUCAAGAAAGCAUUUGACAGGGUUUGGCAUGCUGCUUUAUGGGCGACCAUGAGGCACUAAAACAUUAACACAAACUAAACCAGCAUGAUAUGCAACCUCUAUGAUAAGACCACCAGUGCAGUCUUCCUCAACAACAACAUCGGAGAAUGGUUCAAGACCACGGUUGGAAUAUGAAAAAGCUGCCUGCUCUCCCCCACCCUAUUCAACAUCUUCCUAGAGAGAAUUAUGUCAGAUGCUCUGGAAGCGCAUGAAGGGACAGUCAGCAUUGGUGGCAGAACAAUCACCAACCUACGCUUUGCGGACGACAUAGACGUGCUGGCUGGAAACGAAGAGGAGCUAGCUGACCUGGUAAAGCGUCUCGAUAAGACCUCGUCAUCCUACGGCAUGUUAAUCAGUGCCGAAAAGACAAAACUGAUGACAAAUAAUACCGCAGACAACACCACUGAAAUUAAGGUAGGGGAAGAAAGAUUAGAGACUGUCGGCCGCUUCAAAUACCUAGGAGCAAUAGUCUCAGAAGAAGGCCCAAAUCCGCACUGAUGUCCAGAAUUGCGCAGAAUACAACAGCACUAAAAACGCUCAAGAAAAUAUGGAAUGACACAAAUAUAGCCCCCAGCACCAAAAUCAGGCUGAUGCGCUCAUUAGCCCUCUCUAUUUUCCUGUAUGCCUGCGAAUCCUGGACAUUAACAGCAUAUCUUGAAAUGAAAAUAAAGGGGAUGGAGAUGAGAUGCUUCAGAAGCAUUUUUGGCAUCUGUUAUAGGGACCAUAUCUCCAAUGAAACAUUGAAAGAAAGUGUUCGUCAGGCAAUACGGGAGUAAGAUGACCUACUGGUGACUGUGAAAAACGCAAAUUUAAAUGGUACGGCCACGUAACAAGGAAACAAGGGCUUGACAAAGAAAUAUUGCAAGGCACCACAAGAGGAGGUAGAAGAAGAGGAAGACAAAGAAAAAGGUGGGAGAAUAACAUCAAAGAGUGGACAGGACUAACACUGGGCGAUGCAGUGUGUAGUGCUGAAGACAGAGAGGAAUGGAAGAGGAUAGUUCACAUGUCAUCUGUGGCGCCCCAACGGUUCAAGGACUAAGAGAAACUAUAAUGAGGAUGAUGAGGAUGAAUAACAUAAGAUUUUGUAACAAGAUUUUCUUACUCCAUCUUUUAAAUCUGUAUUAUAUAAACAAAUUGUUAAGACUUUUCAUUAAAUUUUAAUUGUAUUUUAGAAAUUAUUAUUUAUUUAUUUUUUUUUUUAAAUACAGAAAAUAUUUUUAAAAUGUUGCACCAUUUAAAAAUAAUAAUUAUAACCAAUAAAAAUAAAAUAUCCAGUUUAAAUUAUUAUUAAAUUAUUUAUUUUGUCAAAGAGAGUUAAAUAUUAAUGAUCAUAAAAUAUUUUUUUAAAAAGCAUUAUUUGUUAGCAUGUAAGAGACGUUAGAAUGGUGAAUGAAAAUUAGUUUAACGCAAUAUAUUCAUAUCAAUAUUAAGGAUUAAUAAGUUCAAAAUGUAAAAAAAGAAAAGAAAUUGAUAAUUAUUCUAUAUUAUAUGUUCAAGUUCUUUUAUGAAUUUUGUCCUUUACAGUAAUAAAAAAAUACAUAAGAGUUAUUUUAGAACACAAAAAAACUGCAACACAUUUUAAAAGAAAUGACACUAUACAUUGGAAUAGUUUUAAACACAAUUUGUUAAUAAUAAAGAUUUCUUUUUUUAAUCUUAGGACACAACAAAUCUACAAGAAACAAUACCAGAGGAUGUUAUAAUAUAUACUAUGUCAGUAGAAGGCAUUGAACGGCGUAAUUCG